AUGAUCAAGACAAACUUGACAGUCAUUUCAAAAUUUAUUUUUCUGGGAUUUACUUACUACCCCAAAGUUGAGGUCAUCGUAUUUGUGCUAUGCUUGCUGAUGUAUCUGAUCACCCUGCUGGGUAAUAUAAUUCUGAUCUCCAUCACCAUCCUGGAUUCCCACCUACACAAACCCAUGUACUUCUUUCUCAGCAACCUCUCCUUUUUAGACAUCUGGUACACCUCUUCUGCUCUCACUCCAAUGCUGGCAAACUUUGUUCUGGGGAAAAACACUAUCUCAUUCUCAGGAUGUGCCAUUCAGAUGUACUUUUCUCUUGCCAUGGGCUCCACUGAGUGUGUGCUCCUCUCCAUGAUGGCGUAUGACCGGUAUGUGGCCAUCUGCAACCCUCUGAGGUACCCUGUCAUCAUGAAUAGGAGGGUUUGUGUGCAGAUUGCAGCUGGCUCCUGGGUGACAGGCUGCCUCACUGCCUUGGUGGAAACAAUGUCUGUGCUGCAUCAGUCUCUCUGUGGAAAUAGCAUCAUCAAUCAUUUCACUUGUGAAAUUCUGGCUGUGUUGAAACUAGUUUGCGUAGACACUUCCAGGGUGCAGUUAAUCAUGCUGUUGAUUAGCGUACUUCUUCUUCCUAUGCCGAUGCUUCUCAUUUGUAUAUCUUAUGCGUUCAUUCUCUCCAACAUUCUGAGAAUCAGCUCAGUGGAUGGUCGAAGCAAAGCCUUUUCAACAUGUGCAGCCCACUUGACUGUGGUGGUUUUGUUCUAUGGGACAGCUCUCUCCAUGUACCUGAAGCCCUUGGCUGUGGAUUCACAAGAAAUAGAUAAAUUUAUAGCUCUGGUAUAUGCUGGGUUAACCCCCAUGUUGAAUCCUAUCAUUUAUAGUCUACGGAACAAAGAGGUGAAAGCAGCUGUGAAAAAAUUGCUGAUUAGGAACCCUCUUUGUGCUUUUUAA